ACGAGUUCUUUGUUCGGUAACACCAACGAUGAGAUUAAUAUUACACGCAUUUAUUGUUAUUAAAGUACUGAAUGUUUUGAUAAUAACGAUAAAUUCAUAUGUUAUAUCACCCCACGGAGACCUAAUAAAUAGAGAGCUCGAGCCGAUAAAUUAUUUUGAAUCGGGACAACCGAUUGAUACAACCCGAAGAUCAGUGGCUGUCAAUGAGAAACGAUUCCUGUGGGAAGGCGGAAUUAUUCCGUAUGAAAUUGGAGACACAUUCAAUGGAGCACAACGCAAAUUAUUUAAGAGAGCAAUGAGACACUGGGAACAAUCGACUUGCAUAAAAUUUGUUGAAAGAAUUAAAGAAGCUCGUGGUAAUUAUUUACUGUUCACUAAAUUAAGCUGUGGAUGCUGUUCAUUGGUCGGCAAACGAGGCAAAGGAGGCAAUCCGAUUAGUAUAGAUGAUGGAUGUGAUAAAUUUGGAACAGUUCUUCACGAACUGGGUCAUGCAAUAGGUUUUUUUCAUGAACAUAACCGUCCAGAUCGAGAUGAUUAUAUUGAAAUAUAUUAUGCUGUCAUAGAAAUAGGUGAUGAACACAAUUUUAAAAAAUUGAACGCGAGGACUGUAGAUACUUUGAAGCAGCCUUAUGAUUAUCUUUCAAUAAUGCAUUACCCACCAGUUGGCGUAACAAACGACGGAAAUAUCCAUGUCAUUGUACCAAAAAAACAAGUUAAUGGGCGAACACCGGAAAUUGGUCAAAGAAAAGGAAUCAGUCGAGGUGAUAUUGCUGCAACAAAUUUACUGUACAAUUGUCCAAGAUGUGGAGGUACAUUAUUAGAAGCUAAGGGCAUUUUCAGGCCACCAUCGAAACUAAAUGGUUCGGAGGUAGAUUUUGACAAUUGUCAGUGGACAAUCAGGGCUGCUCAAGGCGAAAGAAUUAAACUCCUCAUCAUACUAUUGGAUAUUCGCAAGAGUCCUAAUUGCUCAACUGAUUAUUUGGAAAUUCGGAAUGGCUACCAGACUGAUAGUACUGUCUUAGGUCGCUACUGUGGAGAUGUUGGAUCGGCCACUAUGAUUGCGAGUAAUUUUGUAACCGUUGAAUUCAUGAGAUCUCCAUUUGAAAACCAUCGUCCGGGCUUUAUUUUGGAAUACGAGGCUAUUUGCGGCGGUGAUAUUUAUUUAGAAAGUAAUGAUACUUAUUAUUUAGAAUCACCAAAUUAUCCAGAGUCAUACGAACCGAAUAAACUGUGCCAUUGGAACAUCGAGGCUCCUCACAAACAUUAUGUCGUAAUCCAAUUAAAUUACUUUGAACUUGAAGAAAGUACUGGUUGUAAAAAUGAUUUUUUGGAAGUACGGAAGGGUAGACGUGAGAAUGCACCAAUUUUCGGAAGUUUCUGCGGUAAAAAAGACCGUUUCGACAUCGCUGCUAUGAUGGAUAGAAUUGUUCUGAGGUUUGUUACCAACGAAUCGAAAGAAGCGGGAGGUUUUUCUGCCACUUUUUCUGCGAAACCAAUCAAGAAUAAUGAUCAGCCACAUAAAUAGUUUAUACGCUUUGAAAAAUUUGCGGGGUUAAUUUAGAAUGUACGCGGAAUGGAUGCGAUUUUUUUAAAUUUUUAUUCAUCUAAGUCUCUUGGAAUGAAUUAAGCUCUGUAGGGAAGGUUCGGGAAAUCUUAAUGAUAACAAAAAUUACUAGUUUGUCAAUAAAGUUUAUUGUUAUCUUUACUGUUCAAUGUAUUUAUAUUUCAUUUAUCAAAAAUCAAUCAUUUUAUUAUUAUAAAACUAUUGUCAAAUAUAACUCGUUAAGAGGAUAAUAAAAAUUUCUAUUAA